UUUAGAAGUUUUUGCUUUUCCCACAGCUGGACAUGUAAGAGACAUGAAUUCAAACCUGCGGCUCAAAGGUUGGAGAUGCCCUUAUCAGUCGUCACCUAAUAUUUGUGAGGCAGUGGAUAAUGAGCAUUCUUGGUAUGUCCAUCAAAAUGCCACAGCACCAUGGACGAGUCCAAGAACUGGGGGGGAGAACCCAUCGAGAGAAUGGAAUACAUCUGCCUCUUUAUCUGGUCAUGCAUUAUAUGAUGAACCCUGGAGAUCAAGAACUAUCACACCUAGUCGCUGUUUACUUCUGAGCCGGACACGUAGUGUCCCUGAAGCCCUCGAAUGCUUACACAGCCCCACUCCACAUUCUAGAUUUUCCUCAGUCACCAUUACCGCCCGGAGUUUAUCUCCUAACAGGGAUCGAAUGGCUUACUCAAGCUCAAGAAAUAACCAUGUGAAAAUGUCUAGGAAACCCCCUUCAUUUACAGCCCACAGUGAAAGUAGAACCCUACAUGCAAGGCCUAGUGUCACUAUGGUCUCUCCAAGACGCAAGGCAAUUGUAGUGACGGUGAAUGAAAGCUCAGAACAACAUUCGACUAGUGAGAUCAUUCCAAGUUUUGACGAUCCAACAGGAAAAUAUUCAGUCAGUAAGACAGACCAAACAGACUCUUCGUCUUCCUCAAAGACUUCUGCUAGACUCUUCCGCUCGUGCGCACAUUUGGAGGUUUUGCCAUCCCGGCUGUCCAGGUCUACUCUGUACUUAGACAAAUCCCUCAUGAUCCCUCUCGGACAGCCUCAAAAAUACAAUGGGACUUUGCAUAGAUCUACUCUCUCCCUUUCGCUCAGAAGAUGUAAUCAGACUUCUGAUAAAUUGGGGGUAACAUUUCAACCUAAAAAGUCUUACAGUGAAUGGGACAUAUCGAGCAUAGGCAUUGAUGGAAAAGAAAAGCCGUCCCAGCCAUUGAUGGAUACUCCCGCCCUCAACACUAGUGCCUUCGGGAAUAACACGAGCGCUGCCUCCAACAUGCAGUAUUCCACUUUAACAUCAUUGCCAUUCAGAACAAGGUGCCACUCAUCUUCCGCUGCCUUCAGAUUGAAUGGAAAGGCUAAUGAUGUCUUAGGGCCUCCGCAGAGCAAUCUAAGAGCCAGACAGGCAUUCAGCCAGCGUUCAGAAACAGUUUUAAAUAAGAUGGUGGACUACACUUGGACAUGCAAAAGUAUUUCAUCUGGGAUCAGUGUAGAACAAAUUCGUCACAAGUGUACAGCAACCCACCCUGACUUUUCAAGCAACACUUUAAGAAAACAAAUUGGAGUCUCUCGGGCACGUGUGAGUCCCCCUGGUGAGGUUUCCGACACUGCUGAGAAAGUCAGGAGAGUUAAAGAGUGGUCGGCUUCUCCUCAUCUGAUUAAUUGCACCUGCGUGUCCAGGCCUGACCAGCAUGACACUAAACUCCAGUCGCUUAGCUUAAGGGAGGCCCUAGAGUUGUUUCGUCCAGAUUUCAUCUCACGAUCUCAGAAUCGGGUGUGGCGAUUGGAACAGAGGGCCAUUCAAAGGCGGAACUUACAAAGGGCUGAAUUUUCGAAGGGCAUGGAGCAGCCUAUGCCUAGGCGUAACUGCACCAAGCCACACCUGCUUUGCGAUAACCUUUUCAAACCCAGGGACAGAGUCAUCUCAGGCAAAGAGAUGCAAUGGAGAUCAAGACGGAUUUAUAAAAAACUUCCGGAAGUGACCAAGAAGAAGGAGGACGAGAAGAAGAAACUGGUGUCUCAAACCAACAGAAUGAAGGCGGAGAUCUUUAAAAAGAAACUUUUGGAUCAGGUCCUUCAAAGGCAGUGACUGAGAGUAUGUUGAAAAGAUUCACAUCCUAUCUCCUUGCCUGAGGCGAAGAACUGAAGACAAGCAAGACCUUUGGAGCCCCCUCACGAGAACACAGCAUGGUUUUCUGAUGCAUUGUUCCAAAUAUAAAACACCUUUUACCGGACCUGAGGUGAAUCCGUGCGCUAUAUAGAUGCGUUUCUGUGCCCUGUUGUGUCCAUCACCUGAAAUUGAAAAGAUGCGUGCUGUGUAAUAGACUUUUUCAGGGAAGAUAAAUUGAUAGAUGCAAGAUAUAUUUCAAGACUCUAUACCUGACCGUCAAGUCAGGAAUACUUUUUUGUUUUCUGCUGUAACACAAGAAUAAUGUGGAAGAUAGUGUCGAGAUCUACAGUAUUUAAAUCUAGUAAAUAUAACAUCUGGCAAUAUUUUAUUAUAUUUUGUGUUCCAAGUAAACAAAUGCUGGCCACAAACUCUGAAUAUCUGAAUUAGGCCACUGGCAGUCAUUUGCCUAAACAGAUGCCCCAAAUUAUAUUUUCGUGUUAAAGGGAUAGUUCACCCAAAAAUGAAAAUGCAGUCAUCAUUUAU